AAAUGUGUAAAAUUUUGUCUUAGUCUCUCGUACAUUGUUGUAGUUUUAAGGAAGGUUCCCCCGAAGAAAAGAAGUCACAAUUUUAUUUUUUUUUCAUUGUUUACAAACAAAUAUUUGAGUGUUAAGUGAAAUAAUUAAAAGCAUGGACAUCUUAAAUCGCCUCAACAUCUUUGAAGGCACCAAAGUCGAGCGAUGGUGGAAUCAUAUCUUUGUUGAAUUAGCUGAUCCGCGAACAAAUGAUUGGUUUCUCAUGCGAAAUCCCAUACAUGGCUUGCUCAUAAUUGCUGCCUACUUGUACUUUGUGACUUCAUGGGGACCGAAAUUCAUGGCGAACCGGAAGCCAUUCAAGAUGCAAAAGUUGCUAAUUGUCUACAAUGCAAUUCAGGUAGUGGUCAGUUGCAUUCUUGUGUAUGAAGCUGUUACCGGAGCUUACUUUUUCGGCAAAUAUAGUUUCAAGUGUGAGCCAGUUGAUCGUUCACGGAGUCCGGAAGCCAUGAGAGCAGCUCGUGCUUUUUAUUGGUACUUUUUGGCAAAAAUCUCGGAAUUAUUAGACACAGUGUUCUUCGUGCUGCGUAAAAAAGACAAACAAAUCAGCUUUUUGCAUCUCUACCAUCACACAGGAAUGCCAAUGAUUAGUUGGGGUUGCACCAAAUACUUCCCCGGAGGUCAUGCCGCCUUCAUCGGAAUGGUUAACUCGAUGGUUCAUAUCGUCAUGUACUUUUACUACUUUUUGAGCGCCCUCGGACCACAGUGGCAAAAGUAUUUGUGGUGGAAAAAGUACAUUACAACAAUGCAAAUGAUCCAAUUUGGACUUUGUUUCCUUCAUUCGGCGCAACUUUUGUGGAACGACUGCGGAUUUCCACGCUGGUCUAUCUUCUUUACACUUCCUAAUGCGAUUUUCUUCUACUUUUUGUUCAACGACUUCUACCAGAAAUCGUACAAAGCUCGUCAAGAUAAGCGAGAUGCUGCGGAAAAGUUCUCGCGGGAACAACAAAAGGAAUUUAGUAAUGGAUUUUUGAAUGGAAAUCGUGAUAGCGCACACCAAAAUGGCAAAAAGAUUCAUUAAACAAUCAAAAAAGUUACUUAGUUAGGAAACAGUAUUAGGGAAUUUACAAACUCUUAUCAAUCAGUGACGACAAUGACUUAUCACAUAAAAUACUCUUGUUACAUGACACGUUUUUACAAUAGUUACUCAGUCAAUUAAUUACAUAGAUAU